AUGGUGUCGAUUGGCAUCGCGCAGACGUUCAUCUUCGACUUUAUAUUAUUUCGGCGGUCUCACCGGCCGGCGCUCCGCAAGAUGACCCUCGACUGGUUCCAGAAGCUCGCGGCGGCGUGUCGAGCAGCAGCGGAGGCGGCGGCGACCAUCAACGCGGCCGAACCCGACGAUGACGCCGUCGCGGCGGCGUCUCACGCCGCGGAGGACCUCGCCAAGGCCAGUAAGGGUGCUCAAGCGACCUUUGGUGUGGCCAAAUUUGAGCCGCCCUGCCAGCGACCCUUCGACGCCGCCGGCUUCGAGCACCUGCUGGACGCCCAGGCGGCGGCCGGGUCUGCGAUGACGACGCUGGCCGGCGCGAUCAAAACUUAUGUGGGGACGCGCGAGGACCACCGGUCGCGCAUGCUGCUCCACGCGACGAAGCGGCUCGCCGACCAGGCCGACGCGGCGGCCGCGGCGGCACCGGCAGAUCUGCCCACGGUCCUGGCCGCGUUCGAGGACGUGCGCGUGGCGCUCCUCCGCGCGCGCGAGGAGGCCUGGGACGCGUAUUUCGACCGGGAGAAUCCGCAACCCCUCGACGAGGCGAUCGGCAACGAGGCGAGUCUGGCGCGGAUGACCGCACUGGGCGCCGUCGAGACUGUGUGCUUCCACGUAGCGCGCGCGGCUGGCGAGGUCGACAACCUCGGGCUUCCUCCUCCGAAGAAGGAUGAUUAA